CCUCUAACAUAGUAUAUUACUUACUCUAUGGGACGCUGCAUAUAAAUUAUUUCAUUGGACGUGAAAGUUUGUUAAAUGUCAUAGUUUGUCAUUUGUGUGUAUCAAAAGUAAAUGUAAACUUUGGUUUCCGUUGUCUUUUUGUAAUUGGUUUCACUGUCUGCUCAUUAAAUCAAUAUGAAGUUUAUAAUUCUGUUUUGUGCGGUUCUUUCCGUUUGCUUAGCCUACGAAAACUCCGACAUUGUAUCGGGAAGAAUUGAGAGCUGCAGAGGAUGUUCAUUAAACCGCUUGCCGCAAGUUAAACAAUUCGUUAUGGAUGAUGCUCCUAAAUACGACAGGCUAGAGGUUAAAUUCAUCUCCGGGGCACCACCUGAGCUAGUGCUGCUUGGAGAUGGAGAUCGGGAGCUAGAGCGCCUGCCCCUCUCACAGCUUAACCGCGAGGAAUGCAAUGAACUCCUGCAGGAGAGGGGUUUCACAAAGAAACCUUCCAAAUCUGAUUUAUAAGUACUUAACUACAAUGUACAUUCCUGUUACAUUUAGCUCAUAAGUAUAUUAGAUAUUAUUUGUGAACAAAAUACUUAAUAACAAUUUAAUGUGUAUAGUAAUGGUGUGUAUAAUAUAAAAUGCUUCCUGACAA